AUGACUGCUAGUUGGAAUAAAAACAAACUCUUCAUUCAGCUCUUCAUCACGAUCAGUUUCCUCAGGCUCAAAUUCAGCAAGUAUUCCAUCUCGCAGAACAACAGAAAUGUUAGCAAAAAGGUUGUGGUUCAAACAGAAGAAUCAGGGCAGCAGUUAGAUAAUGAUCAACUGCCACAACAGGAGCAGGCAAGUGUAAUGAUCAAGCAAAUAGGAGAAAACUUACCCAGGACUCUGGGACAUGAUUUUGAGGCAUGCAAGAUCUUCCAUGAUCUUGAUCUUAUUGAACGAGAAGCUGGAAAGUUUAAUAUGAAAUCACUCGAGACAAUAGCGAAGAAGACUUUGAAGAUGGCAUCAAUCAGGGAGCACAGCUCAGUGGGUCCACUAGUAGUCGAAAUCAAGCCACCAGUGAUGAAGACAAAGACUGAUAUCAGGUCUGAGAUGGAUGAGUAUGGGUAUGGGGGCCUUGACAAGGAAGAAAAGGUGACCGAUGAAGAAGGAGAUGAAGAACAAGUGGAUGGUCUUGAGGAGGCUAAUGAUGAGGUUGGACCGGAGGAUGGUGAAGUUGAUGCUAUGUAUGAGUAUGAAGGGAAUGCAGAGCUCUAG